AUGACAGACACAGGUGAAAAGAAGUCUACUGACUUCGAUCAGCCAGGCUUUGAACUAGGAGAGCUUCAGUCGGAGCCCACCUUCUCUCCCGAUGCUGAGAAGAGGCUUGUACGCAAGGUCGACUUAAUGCUGCUUCCCCUAAUGCUCUUCGCCUACAUGAUGGCGUUCCUCGACAAGCAGGCCCUGAACUACACCUCGCUCAUGGGCAUUAGAGAGGAUCUGCAUCUGGUGGGAUCGCAGUACAGCUGGUCGUCUAGUAUCUUCUACUUGGGAUAUCUGUUCUUCAGCCCGAUUGCCUCGCUUCUGCUUGUCAAGUUUUCGCUUGGGAAAUAUCUCGCUAUGAAUUUCAUCAUCUGGUCCGUUAUCCUGGCCUGCCACGCCGCGACGACGAACUUCACCGGAAUUAUGAUCGUUCGCUUUUUUCUGGGCUGUACAGAAGCCAGCAUCUCUCCGGGCUUCAGUCUUAUAACGUCUCUGUGGUAUCGCGCCUCAGAGCAGCCCCUCCGCCACGGCGUCUGGUUCUGUGGGAACUCGAUCUCCCUGAUUUUUGGAAACCUGAUUGCUGUUGGGAUUUGGAAAAUAGAUGGUGCUCUUACGCCAUGGAAGUGGCUGUUUAUAAUCUUCGGCCUUGUUACCUUCCUCUGGGGCAUCCUGAUGCUCUUCCGACUCCCAGACUCGCCAACCAACGCAUCCUUCCUGACGGAUGAUGAACGUGAAAUUGCGCUUGCCCGACUUCGAUCAAACAAGGCCGGGUAUAAAACAAACAAGAUAAACCGGGAGCAGAUUGUGGAAGCCUUCAUCGACCCAAAGACGUACAUGUUGGCUCUAUAUAUUUUAGCAGCCAACAUUCCCAACGGCGGAUUCACCACGUUUUCGGGUCUCAUCCUGAAAGGGUUUGGAUAUAGCACAUUCCACACUCUGCUGCUCGGCAUUCCCCCGGGUGUCGUUCUCUUCAUACUCGUCCUGGGAUCAUCAAUCGUCGCGUCCAAAGUCCGCAACAGCCGUCUCCUAGCCUGCGUCUUCACCACAAUCCUAAGUAUAAUCGGCACCGCCCUCGUCUACGGAACAUCCGCAAUCGCAUCCCGCUACGUCGGAAUCAUCCUGAUGGGGACAUACUCCGCCGCAAUGCCCGUGACAAUGGCAAUGAUAACCUCGAAUAUUGGCGGGUUCACAAAACGCUCGACAGUGAAUGCGAUUUAUUUCGUCAUGUACUGCGCGGGGAAUGUCAUCGGCCCGCAGCUUUUCUUUGAGAGUGAGGCGCCGACGUAUCAGAGUGGUCUCCAAUCUAUCUUGGUCUGCCUUGCCGUUGUGGUGGUUGAUUGUAUUGGGCUACUUGUUUACCUACGGGUGGAGAAUAUGAAGAGGGAUAGGGCUGCUAGAGCUGGAGGUCAAAGCCAUAUCCAGAAUACACCAAGGGACGAAGGGCUGGCGGAUGUGACGGAUCUAAAGAAUCCUACUUUCCGAUAUGUCUUUUAA